AUGGAUACUGCCUCGCAGAGCAAAACGGUGAACUCCAGUGCUUUGAAGGGCGGAUCGCUGCCCGGGCUUGGAGCCGGAGACAAGUACUUUCUGGAGCAGCGCAGUUUCAUAUUGGAAGACAUAAACACAACCAUGGAUUCAAUUCUGAAUGGGCUUAAUCAGCUGAAUAUAUCGCUAGAGAACUCAAUUGCCGUUGGGAAGGAGUUUGAAUCCGUCACGAAUCUGUGGAAGACUUUCUACAACGAGCAGGACAGCAUAUUGGAUGGCGAUGAUGACGAAGAAGAAGACGAGGACGAGGAGGACGAAAAUGCGAAUGUGACGAAGAGCCCAGGAAAGGACUCUGAUCUGUGA